GUUAUCACUAUAGUGUAAGAUUAUACAGAAUUGACCCCCUUCUGACUCGAAGAUCUCGACACUAGCUACGCCCAAAAAAGCCUGGUUUAAUAACGGUCGACGAACAGGAUAUUUUCUAGACCGCACGGCACGGCACGCUGCGGUUAUCGCCAACUCUCGCUUCGCUCAACCGGCUCAACUACGCUCCGCGUUAAAAUCGUCCGCUCGAAGGUGCGUCUAGACGCUGCAACGAUUUUGAUCAACGUGUUCGCGCGGUGCUCAGAAUUGCGCUCGGUUAUUUCUCGCCGUCGAGGAGUCGGACAGAGAUCGGGGAUUGUUGUCGAGGUCGAGCCGCCCGUUCGGUCGGAUAACUCAGAUUGGUGGGAUCCGCGGCACGGAUACCGGCGGCCGAGUCGAGCACGCGCGAUCGUACAAUGGUAAUGUGACCGUCGCACGCGUCGAUUCUCCUGAGUCACCAUUCGCGCCCGCGUGUCAAUUACAGCUCUCGCGUCCAAACGCAGAACGCCCGCCGCCGAGCUCGAGAGCGAGAUAGGUAGGUAGGUAGGGGCCGCCGGCGCCAUGAGCACGGAGAUGUGGAAACCCUGGGGCGAAACCCUGAGGCCGGAGCCGACGGAUUCGGCGAUCAUGAAGAGCCUGGACAGUAACCUGGAUAACGGUUUUGACAAGCUGCCCGAGCUCAAUGCUGACCUGAUUAUCGCGAGGAAGGGCCCCCUCAUCAACUCCUGUACCAAGUGCCAUAACAACAACAACAGGAGUUUCCUGCUAUUCAACGGAUGGGAGAACCUGCAGGUAUCCAGCGCGGAGGAGUUCCUGAGAAAGUUGAAUUGCACGAGGGACGACACCCGGGUCAAAGUCGUGUCGAUAUUCGGAAACACGGACGACGGGAAGAGCCACACCAUGAACCAGAUGUUUUUUAGGGGCGAGGAGGUGUUUCAGACGUCGAACGACCAGAACUGUUGCACGCUAGGCAUCUGGGCGGCAUUUGAUUCAGCUCUCAAUGUUGUUUGCCUCGACACGGAAGGUUUACAAGGUAUCACUGCGAGCUGCGAAGACGUGCGGACGAGGUUGCUGCUCAAAGUACUCGCGGUCUCCGACGUCGUGAUCUACGGGAUCCAUUCCGAGAGGUUGAACAGGGAUCUGUUCACGUUUUUAGGCGCCGCGUCGCGCGCUUACAGCCAUCGUUUCAAGGUCGCCCUGCAAGCCAUCGGACAGAGAGAGGGGAUCUCUACGUUGAGCACGCUCGGGCCUAGUGUCAUAGUGCUGCACGAAACCAGGCACACCAUACCUUUGAUCAACAACGGGUCAGAAAGCGCGGAGGACAUCCUGAGGGCCAGAUUCGCGCAGAUGAACCUUGAGAUCGACGCUUUCAGCUCCAUCAAGUACGUCGGUUUGCAGGCGGUGAACGACGUAACAGAUUACGGAGAGUUGCGGUCCGCCAUCGAGAACGAGUUGAACAAUACGACGGUUCGUUCGGCCAGAAACCUGCACCUGGUCUACAACACUCUUAAGAGGCUACACGACGAGCUGUCCAGCGAGAACGAGAACCUUUCCUACGCUGUAUUCCCAGAACAGUAUUUCACUUGUCCCGCCAAAUGUCUGAGCUGCGAUAGCGGCUGUAACAACAGUAUGGGACACCUUCGUGAGGGAAAGCCACACAGUAGUAACACCAGGUGUAAAUUCCAGUGUCAGUAUGAAAAUUCGACAUACAUAUGCAAGAGAUGUUACAAGAACGGAAACGAAGUUGAGGUGAACAGGCAGUAUUACGAGGAAAGCCAAAGCAGCUGGUACAGUUUCGCUAAGAAUGCCUGGUCGGGCUACGUCAUAAAAUGCCCGCACUGUGGAGAAAUAUACAAGAGCAGGCAAUACUGGUACGGCAACAAUCCCGAGGACGUCGCCGUACGCAAAAAGAUCACGCACGUGUGGAAUACGUCGAAUCGUUCCAUAGCUCCCCAGAAUACGGCGCAACGGGUUAUCGAUAGCGUGUCGUAUAUCACCGAAGCCGUCACGAACGCUUCUCUGCAGCCAACGAGAGCGCUGAGAGCCUGGGCCGCGGAUCAAGUGGCACCGUCUUACUGGCGACCGAAUAACGAGAUAAAAUACUGCUACCAGUGUAAAGUCGUGUUCAGUCUGGCGGACGACAAGCACCACUGCCGCGAUUGUGGGGAAGGCUUUUGCGCGCAGUGCUCGUCGAAAACGAAAUGCGUGCCCAACAGAAACUGGCACUCGCCCGUUCGGGUUUGCGACACGUGCUACGAGAGAGAGACAAACUGCUCCAGCGACGACUCUCUCGAGCCCGCCGAGGACGUCGGCGUACGAAAAGUGACGGAGCACGUGGUGUCAACGCUCAACGCUGUUGGGACAGUUUUCACUUAUUCCAAAUCAUUCAUAAAAGAUUCCGUACGACCAUCUUAUUGGACUCCCGACUCAGAGGUGGUCAACUGUUGCGUCUGCGAGCGGAAGUUUUCCUCGACACUUCCGUUACACCACUGUAGAGCUUGCGGACGCGGCGUGUGCCACGAAUGCUCGCAGCACCGUAAGCCUGUACCUCAUCGAGGAUGGGAUCAUCCUGUCAGAGUAUGCAACGCCUGCGUUUGAAAUCAUUUGGAGGCGUACGUCUCAAAAGCAACAGAGCCCAAAAAUAUAGAGAUCUCCGAGACAGAUGGAGAGAGAGAGAGAGAGAGAAAGAGAAGAGAAUGUUCACUUGAAACGAAAUAAAUUUAUUUAUUUCACUUUUGCUUUUAUAACAGUAAAUUCGGUUGCUUGCACUGGUGCACACUGAACGUACACUAAGGAUUCUUCAGUGUUAGUUCUCAUAUUUACGGAUGUUUUAAACGCACAUUAAAAACUAUUUAGCCAAAAACAAAAAAUCCGUAUGAUGGCGUACAGAUAAUUUUUCUGGUUAAAAAGUACAAGAGACAUUUAAAAUAAUUCUUAAAUAUAAAAAGUGACUAUAAACGAGCCAUGCGCACUCAAUGCACACUGGUGCAAGCACCCGAAUUCGCUGUAGAAUAUGGUAAACAGAAGUUGUAUUAACUUACUUGUGAAUAGAGUAUCUUAGAUUUGUAUGGCCAAAUCUCGUAGUUAAAAACGUAGUGUUUUGAAAGAACUUUUUAAUAUAAAACUAGAGAAUUUUGACUUUUUAAAAUUUUAAAUAAAAUUUUCAGCUCAAUAUUUUUUAUUUCUAAUGAUGUGAUUACUUUAUCAUCAAAGCUGUGCGAUAAAAUAUCUGAAAAAAACAAUUUUUUUUACCUAUAUAUUUUCAAACAUAGAGAACUUGAAGUAUAUAUUUUUACGAUUUUAGAUUGAGAACGUCAGAUUUUUUUCGGGAAUCUAGAGUUGUGCCGAAAAAUCGUUUGAAAGCUCGUUUAUUUUAGUUUCUGUAAUUAGGAAAUAAUUUUGUGAUUAAAUGUACAUAAAUGUAUAAUUGUGCCAUAAUUGCGGUCAUCACUGUUUGACAUCAACUUCCCGAAGUGUAUUAAAGACACGCUACCUUUAACGUACAAUUUUCUAUCUCUAAAAGUUACAGAUCGACAUUACGCUUGAACAUUGGUCGGUGAAGAGCUGGUUAAAGAUCUAUGUUGACGAUAGCAAGUUCCAUAUAUAAUACAGCAUUAGCCUUUGUACAUAUGUACAGUAAUGACUCGUGUAAUGACCGACAGUUGUAGCAUAGUAUAACUAGUAGGUCCAUUCCGUCAUUUCUUUCGUUUUGUAUCGAUCCCUUCUGCGCGUCCUGCAUUGCUCUAGGCAAACCAAUGAGAGAAAAGGUGUAUGUGGUAGUGUGGCUUCAAUGAGUACGUAUACACAUACACGUCGCUGAUUCCUGCCCGGAUGUAUGGUGGAAUACCACGUGAUCAGGACAGCAAAGAUCAAAGAGGCCGGCAGAGAGUGGACCUACUUCUAGUUAUACUAUGAAUGUAGGAAGAAGAUUGUUUACAACAAGUGUAAAUCUCAUGGCUGUGACAAUUGUUAAUACCGGCAUACGGCGUUCGAAAACACGUAUUCAGAUAGGACACGCGACAGCACGUCUUCGAAAAUGGGAACUAUUACUUUUAUUUCGUUCUGUAUAUUAUGACACGCAGCUUGAAAUAAACGAAUGCUUGCAGUAA